ACAACACAACACUCACACCUUGGCCGAUGGCCAUAUWGAAGGAGUUACUAUCGUUGUAACUCAGUCAGCUCAUCGUUUCACAGCAAACMACGAGGUGUAACUGGAGCGGCUGUUGAGUUGAAUGGAGUUCAAKAGGCCCAAAGUUCCAGGGCCUGUAGAUGGAGAUGGAGUGGGGGAGAGGGAGGACGAGUGGUCCUGAGCCCGCUGGAGGAGAUCCAGCCUGGGAGGAGUGAAUGGGUGCUUGCAGAGCAUGGAGGGUUAGGAGGGCUGUCUGCCGCCGACACCACUAACGCAGCCAAGACGGAGCCCAAAGCCCCUGCAGGAGGAUCUGGAAAGGUUGACCUGUACUCAUUUGACAGCUCCCAGACUUCAGGCAGCGAGGAUGAGGUCAAAGGCAAGAAGGAAAAGAUAAAGAAGAAGCUAAAGAAGAGGAAAAAGGAUUCCAGUUCAUCCUCUUCCUCCUCCUCCUCCUCUGACAGCAGCUCUUCAGACAGUGAAGAUGAGAAGAAGAAGAGGAAGAAGGCAAAGAAAGAAGGCGCUGGGGAUAUCAUAGUACACGGUGUAGCCUUCAUACCUGAGCCUGGGCUUGAAGGCUGCACUGAUCUAAACCACGAGGAAACACAGAAAAAGAAGACAGAGGAUAAUUCAGGCUCAGACAGUGAAGAGGACAAGGAGAUGAAGAGGAAGAUGAAGAAGAAGAUGAAGAAAGAUUCCAGCUCCUCAUCUUCAUCCUCUGAUAGCUCGUCAUCCUCCUCAUCGGACAGCGACAAGGACAAGAAGAAGAAGAAGAAAAAGAAGAAGAAGAAGCAAAAGAAAAAGGAUUUUGGCUGUUCCUCCGACAACGAGGCAGACAAAAAUAAGGAACAGGGAGAAGAGGGAGACGGACAGGGCAAGGAUGAGUACAYCUGUUCUGCUGACGUUUCAGCAGCUGGCGAGGAGGGCGCCGGACUGGAGGGCACCCUGGGACAGAAAUCAGGUCAAGGAAAAAAGAAGGAAGAUGAGAAGAAGAAAGACAAGAAUAACAAGAGAGACAAAAAAAAGGACAAGUGCAAGAAAGGCAAAGGAAAGGAGGGUGGUGCAUCAGCUGAAUGGAUUUGUGGUGGAGAUUUUCCUGAAGGGAUGGAAGCUGGAAAUAUGAGUGAUGACGAGAGAGACGGAGGCAAGAAGAAAGAGAAAGAAAAGAAGAAGAAGUUGAAGAAAAAGAGGAAGAACUUUGGCUGUUCAUCAUCCUKUUCAUCCUCGGAUAGCUCUUCCUCUUCAGACAGCGAAGACGACAAAAAGAAGGAUUCCAGUUCUUCAUCUUCCUCCUCCUAUUCUGAUAGCGAGGAGGAAAAGAAAAAGAAGGAUUCUAGUUCUUCAUCCUCUGACAGCUCCUCAUCUUCCUCCACUGACAGUGAUGACGAUGAAGAAGAAGAAAAAGAAGAUGAAAAAGGAUUCCAGCUUUGAUUCAGAUAGCGAGAAAGACAAAAAGAAGAAGAGGAAGAAGAAGAGGAAGAAAACGGACUCAUCUGACAGCGAGGAUGAUAAGAAGAAGAAGAAGGACUCUUGUUCAGACAGCUAGGAAGAUAAGAAAAAGAAGAAGGGUAAGAAGAAGAAAGACAAGAAGAGGAAAAAGGACGACUCCCCGUCUGGAAGUGAUGAUGAUAAGAAGAAGAAGAAGAAGAAGAAGGGGCAGAAGAAGAAGAAAGAAAAGGGCUCCUCUUCUGGAAGUGGUGAUGAUGAUGAGGAGAAGAAAAAGAAGAAAGACAAGAAGGACUCCCGUUCCGAUGUUGAGGGAGAAUCUAAGAAAAAACAGAAGAAAGAUGACAACAAGAAAGACGAUGGACCUGAGAAUGAAAAGUGUGGAGAGCUGAAAAAGGAGGGGAAACGUGCAGGUGGCUUGGUGAUGGGAGGAGGGUGCAUGGAUACAAAACCAUCUGACGAGGGAUCAGCUGUUCCUCCAAUACCCACCCUGAAGUUGGAAUCCUGGGGGCUGUUGGCGGACGCCAGAGCCAACACUCGCCAUGUGUUCCUUUAUAGCUCCUCAUCCUCUCUCAGUCCCAGGGAUAUCAGCCCCUCCUGCCUCCACUCAGUCCCAUGGAGGCCCUGAUGGGGAACCCAGCCAAGACCAGUGACCGUGACCCACUGACCGGGAGAGGACCAGCCAGCGGCAGAACCACACUGSUCAAAUCCAUUGAUCUGUUCAGGGCCCUAAGCCUUAUCGGCCUUAAUUAACAUGGAGAUUGGAAAAUAGGUCAAGAUGAUUCAUGCUCAUUACAAUCAGGUGUACAGGCUGAAAAGUGAUCAAAUGUAGAACAUUCUGUCAGAAAUAAAGAAAUCACGUCAAUAGGUA